AUGCACGCAGCCUACCUCCUCUUCGCCGUUCUCACGGGCGUCUCAGCCGUGACGACAACUCUCCCCGCAUCAGCCGGCACCAGCUCCGUACCGACAGCGAUUCCCGUCAAGGGCAGCUACGAUGGUGGCAUGAAGCGCUUCGAGCGCAACCCCGCCGUCUGCCAGGGCCAAACCGAGACGGGCGAGAAGGACGCCAUGUUCAUCCUCGAGAACGGCGCGACCCUGUCCAACGUCAUCAUCGGCAAGUCGCAGGCCGAAGGUGUGCACUGCAAGGGCACCUGCACGCUCAACAAUGUCUGGUGGGCCGACGUGUGCGAGGACGCCGCCACCUUCAAGCAGACCUCGGGCACGAGCUACAUCCGGGGUGGAGGUGCCUUCAAGGCUUCGGACAAGAUCUUCCAGUUCAACGGGCGCGGCACCGUCGUCAUUGACAACUUUUACGCCAAUGACUACGGCAAGCUGGUCAGGAGCUGUGGUAACUGCAAGGACAAUGGUGGACCUAGGAACGUCGUUAUUCAAAACUCGGUGGCUGUGAAUGGUGGCGUGCUGUGCGGUAUCAACUCAAACUACGGCGACACCUGCAAGAUCACCAGCACGUGCCAGAAUUCGAGCAAGUACUGCGACCGUUACGAGGGCAACAGCAACGGCAGCGAGCCAAAGAAGCUUGGAAGCGGUCCCGAUGGCAAGUCGUGCAUUACUUCCAGCGUCAGGAGUAACUGCUAGACAUCAUUGCAGCAUUUUGGGCGAAAUUGGGCGGGUCAAAGUUGAUUUUUUUUUUCUUUUCUUUUUUUUCGUUUCUCUCUUCUGAAUUUCCCCUGUAAGGCCGGCAGCUUGGGCGCAGUCAGUGUUGAGCCUUUCGCCGUGGAGGGUAAUUUCAAGCCCCACAAAUGGAUGUCAUGACAGGCGGACCAGUGGGGUAAAAGAUUGCCCACUGCAACCUGAACGGGAUUUUUUUUGAGAAGAACAUGGUCCAUAAAUCCACAGGCCAUUUUUUU